AUGCUCCGUCGUGCUGCUCUCCGCGCCGCCCAGGUGUCCGCCGUCUCUAAGACGCGCACGUUCGCCACCUCGCAGCUGCACACAGCCGCCAAGAAGAAGCAGCCGAGCGCCAUCGUUCUCGCCGCCGCGGGCGUCGCAGCCGUGAGCGGCUUUGCCCUCACUGACCUGGUGAACGCACGCGAGAAGCCCGUGGACCUGGAUGCCAUCAAGAAGGAGAUCAUCGAGAUCUUCGACGAAGACAACUACAUGGGCCCCACUAUGGUGCGACUGGCGUGGCACUCGAGCGGCUCGUACUCGGCUAAGGACAACAGCGGAGGCUCUACGGGAGGCACCAUCCGCUUCGACCCGGAGAUUAACCACGGAGGCAACGCUGGCCUGCAUCUGGCCGUUAAGGCUCUGGAGAAGGUCAAGAAGAACCACCCGGAGAUCACAUACGCUGACCUGUACAUCCUGGCUGGUGUGACGAUGAUUGAGGAGAUGGGAGGUCCCGAGAUCCCCUUCCGUCUCGGCCGUCCUGACGCCAAGAGCGGCAAAGAGCCGACGCAGACGCCAGAUGACCGUCUGCCCGAUGCCGACAAGGGCAGCAAGGACAAGACCACGCAACACGUGCGCGAGGUGUUCUACCGCAUGGGCUUCAACGACCGCGACAUUGUGGCUCUUGUGGGCGCGCACGCUAUCGGCCGCUGCUACCCCACGCGCAGUGGCUACAGCGGCCCAUGGACUAACGCCGAGUGGACGUUCUCCAACGAGUUUUUCCGUGAGCUGAUUGAGAACAAGUGGACGAUCAAGAAGUGGGACGGCCCCAUGCAGUACGAGGACCCGACGGGUAAGCUCAUGAUGCUGCCUGCUGAUAUUGUGCUAAUCCAGGACCCUGAGUUCAAGAAGUACGUCGAGUUGUACGCUAAGGACGAGGAACUGUGGUUCAAGGACUUCUCCAAGGCCUUCGUCAAGCUCACAGAGAACGGUGUCAAGUUCCCGAAAUCGGGCUGGUUCAGUUUCUUUAGCAGCAACUAA